UCUCGCUUCUCUCCGCCGCCGCCACCCUCCCACACGCGCGCGCCUCUCUAGGGUUUCCCACCUCUCACCGGCGGCGGCGGAAGGCGAAGGCGGCGGCGGCGGCGGCGAAGAUGGGGCACUCCAACGUGUGGAACUCCCACCCCAAGAACUACGGGCCGGGCUCCCGCGUCUGCCGGGUGUGCGGGAACCCUCAUGGACUGAUCAGGAAGUACGGGCUCAUGUGCUGCAGACAGUGCUUCCGCAGCAACGCCAAGGACAUCGGCUUCAUCAAGUACCGCUAAAGUCAUCUUGGUUUCCUCAGCCCUACUGCUGGGUGAAGAGAUGGAGCAUUUAAUGGAAGGCUUAAUUUCAGUUCCAGUAAUUUAGCUGUUUGUUUGGUACUCUGCAGACUAAAGUGGUUUAUGUUUCUGAUGCUAUUUGAAUGAUGUGGAUGCUAAGUAUGAAUUAAUCGCGCAUCAAAAAAAAUCCUUUAAUACUAUUAUAUAUGUGCUCCUGUGAGGGAUCGUAUGAUUUUUUGCUGUUGAAUGGAGAUGUUCAGGUUAGCAGUCAGCUGCUGCAUUUUGGACAGGCACA